AAAGUGAAUUCGCGGCUGGACGUCUGGGAGGAAGCGAGUCCUGUAGCGAAACUCAUAUUGUGCAGCACAACGAAUAAUUUCGCGAAUCGAACAUUCAACGAUAAUCGAGUAUUGACGAAUUUCCGAACUUUCGAAAUUAAUUUUCGAAGGCAGUGAGAAAAACAUGGCAUUAGUACCGAGAAGCUUGUUCCGCAACUGGUGGGACGACAUAGACCGCUAUCACCGUGAGAUCGAGGAACACUUCCGAAAAUUGAGCCUGGACGACGACCUGUGGCGGUUGCCACGAAAGGUGCUGCGCAACAGGUAUCGACCUUGGAGCGUGUUUGAUACGUGGCCUCCAACUACCUGGGCAACGGUCGAACACGACGAGGACAAGUACCAGGUGAUCGUGGAUGUGCAACAGUUCGCGCCGAACGAGAUCAUCGUGCGCACCGACGACAAAUACAUCACCAUCGAGGCCAAGCAUGACGACAUAAAGGAUGGACAUGGCUACGUCUCGCGAGAGUUUAUGCGUCGCUACCAGCUGCCCGCGGGCUACGACAUCGGCCACGUGAAACCCAGUCUGUCGUCCGACGGUUUUUUGACCAUCACGGCGCCCAGACUGGCACUGCCGGCACCGGGCGAGCGAAUCGUGCCAAUUCGACGAACCUACCGUCCGGCCAUCAAAGCCAUAUAACGCGCUGGGAUGUUUCCGGAUAACGCGAAAGCGGUCCAACAUUUGACAGAUUAGUCCCGUCGAAAUAUUCUAAUUAUCCUUUUUAUAGUUGUCCUUGGUCACCUUUAAAAUCAACCAAGUUUUUAGAGCGUCAUUGGCUGUAAUAGCACAAAUUGGUUUUACAAUUUACGAGGAAACAACAAGUUAGAGCUAGCAAGAAGAAAGGUA